AUGUUAUGGAGGAGAUCGAGAUGGAAGCAGGAAGAAGCAGCAAUGUACAUCGGUGCUGAGAACUAUUGGAAAAAUAAUCGCUUAAGACAAAUUCAGUUCAUGAAGAUGAUGAAGGUAUCGGCUCAAGAUUGGAGUUGCUCAUCUUUAUUCCCACUCCCACCGCUAUUCCUUCCAAUCAGAUUGAUACAAAGAGCCAUUCUCCAAGCUACUUCUAGGUCUCUUACGCUUAAUUUGGUCAUAAAUAGAGUGGUGGAGUGUACGACGCAGGUAUGGUUAGAUAUGACAAUGAAUGAGGAUGGAAAUAUAAGGUUAUUAGCUGACAAGAACCCAACGCCGAUUACCAUGGAGUUAUUUGCAAAAAGGGGGCAGUUUUCAAAAAGGUUAGUAGAAAUGGGGUUGUUUUGA